AAAAAACUGAAAAACUGUCAGAUGGAUGAUAUCCAGCUCUGCAAGGAAAUCACACGGUUGAAGAAGGAGCUUCAGAAACAUGUCUCUAUUUCAGACAAAGACAAGUCCGUGGAGGACAGGCAGAGAGAGGAUGAGCUGCUGCAGCAGAUCCACAAGCUGGUGGAGGCCAGAGACUUCCUGGUGGAUGAUGUGGAGUUUGAGAGGUUGAGGGAACGAGAGGAAGACAGGGAGAUGGCGGACUUCUUAGAGUCCAAAUUCCCCAAACAUUUAGGGCAGAAUAAAGGUGUUACGCAGGAUCGAAGGCGCUCCAAAUCCAAGCAGACGUCAGCUCCUCUUGUCACCAAAACCGGACUCACGAUCCUGAAAGAGUGCUGCGGCUUCACCUGCUCCGUCAUGUAA